AUGGAUUUAUACAUCUCCUUAGUGUGUGCUGCAGCCCACUUAGCCGCCGAGGCCGUCAAAGUUGCUCCUGCCGCCGCCGUCCAACUCGCCGCCGCUGCAGCUGCCGCAACCGGCUCCGUCGCUGUCGCUGUCGUCUCUGAAGACCCUGGCAUCCAAGCUUUCUCUGCCCGUGCCGCUGCGGCCGCCAAUGCCGCCGCCGCUGCAGCUGCCGCAACCGGCUCCGUCGCUGUCGCUGUCGUCUCUGAAGACCCUGGCAUCCAAGCUUUCUCUGUCCGUGCCGCUGCGGCCGCCAAUGCUGCCGCCGCUGCUGCUGCUAACGCCGCCGGCGCCGCUGCUCCUGUCGCCGGAGGCGGUUCAUAUGCAGACCUGAUGUCUGUUGCAGCACGCGUGGCUGCCUCUGCUGCCACCAUUGCUCCAGCCGCCUCCGCCCCUCUCGCCACCGCCGCCGCCGCCGCCACCACCGCCGCCGCCGCCGCUCCUAACGCCGGCGGCGGCAUAAUAUGUUUGAAUGAAUAUUCACUGAUGGACAGUUCGGUGGGAAGCACAAAGACCAUGGAUAGGUCAUUAGAAGGAAGUGUGGCUUCUGAUAUCAGGAAAAGACUAGAAGUGGUGGAUCCACUAGUGAAAAAGAUAUCUGAGACAACUGAUAAUAUACAUCUGGAACAAAAGCCAGUACAGCAGACGGUUCACAUGUCUUUCGGGCAUCUUAUCACAGACUGGCUGGCGUCCAUGAAGGUAGAUGUCUCCCGGGGACGGCUGGAGCACAUGACUGUUGCUUAUUCUCGGAUUUCUUCCUGCUCCUUCACGAAGACGGGCUUAGUUGGUAGUCCAGCGGGAGUUCGAUGGCGCGAUGAAUGUGCUUUUGGUGAGGGACCCAGGGCUCGCCGCAGGGGGGAUGCACAGACAUUGGUUCCUGCGGCGGAUGAUGCUGAAGAGGAUAUCCCCGAGCCAGCUUCUCUGACAUUUGAGGAGACUGUCGACACUCGCCUGGAGGAGCUGACCAUGGAGGUAGCCGACAUGCGUUCCACGAUGGAUACCAUUGUCCAUCAACAGACUUCGAUGCAGGCGACUCUGGAUACAUUAGUGGAUUUAGUGAGCUCCUGGGUGACGGGUCAUCCGUCUCAGUCUGUUCCAUCCACAGCUCCCGUUCCCCAUACUGAGGAUGCUGCUGGUGUUGACUCUGCGGCGGUUCCUGCUCCAGCUACUACGUCUGCUCCUUCUACUGCUAUUGAUCCCCCUCCUUCGGGCGAUGAUCUUAUUGAGUUUUAUGUCCCUCUCUGA